AUGGCUGAUUAUUCUCAGCCGGACUUCUCCUUAGUCUUCUUUUCGCACAAAUCCACCGUCACAGCUUCUGGUGGGGCCAAGUUACGAAUCUCUUCCACUCGCCUCGUGAAACGAAAUGAAAGACUGCACUCCAACAUCAAUCCUAUUGACGGCGUCCUCGAGACCCACUUUCUCUGCAUGCCCAAAUGUAUUUGGCAGCUUGCCCCAUACGGUUGGACCAUCAAGCUUGCACGAAGGGUCCCUGUCGAUUUUGCAUUUCCUGUUAUCGCAUGUCCCAGACUGGCCAUGCCAACAGCGGCAGUCGCUCUGAUUGUCUCACUGAUUCUGUGCAAAUUCUACCAGCCAAUUGGCGGCUUGCUCAAUUUGCCCCAAUUCUCUUCCCCUCCUGCAUCCAGCCGGCGUCUCACUCCUUCUCUCUCGCACUAUCCCCAGCCCGACCAAUCGGCCUCAUUCAGUCAAACGGCCAUCUAUCAACCUUGCCUCCAGGUUUGUCAGUUCGCUUUCUUUGGCAGAAAGUAG